CAGCGCUGUGGUUCCCCAGCUCCAUCUCCAUCAUCUCCAGUGUCCCCAUUACCUCCAUCUCCAUCGUCCCCACCUCCAUCAUCCCCAUCAUCGCCAUCCCCACCACCUCCACCUCCACCACCUCCACCAUUUCCACUGUCCCCACCAUCUUCAUCACCCCCACCAUCUCCAUCAUCCCCAUCUCCAUAAUCUCCAGUGUCCCCGUUAUCUCUACCUCCAUCAUCCCCAUAAUCUCCAGUGUCCCUACCAUCUCCAUCAUCCCCAUCAUCGCCAUCCCCACCACCUCCAUCAUCUCCAGUGCCCCCAUUAUCUCUACCUCCAUCAUCCCCAUCAUCCCCAUCAUCCCCAUGCUCCCAUUGUCCUCAUUCCCAUCACACCCAACUCCAUCAUCUCCAGUGACCCCAUUACCUGUACCUCCAUCAUCCCCAUCAUCCCCAUCAUCUCCACUUUCCAUCAUGACCACCUCCAUCAUCUCCAGUGCCCCCAUCAGCUCUACCUCCAUCAUCCCCAUCAUCCCCAGUGUCCCCACCAUCUCCAUCUGCAUCAACUCCAGUGUUCCCAUCGUCCUCAUUCCCAUCGACCCCAUCUCCAUCAUCCCCAUU